AUGACGCAAGCUGAAACUGCUCAAGCAAGAGCAAAGAGGGUUCCGAUGAACGAUUCAUCCCGUGCCUUGAUAGACCGAUCGAUUAAAAGCCGUGAAGAAAAUGCUUGGCUCAAAAGCCUCGACCUCUGCGAUGACGAGCUCAGUGAUAUGCGCAAUAUUCAGAAUACCUAUAAAGUUCAGUUGGAUGACUUCCCCGACGUAGGAUAUGGGUUCCGGAUCUGGUUACUCUGGGACUAUGAUCGGAUUUGGGGCAUUUUUGAUCUUGGAUAUACAAAGGGGUUGUUCCUGAUUGAUCCAGGCCCAAGGAUGUCAGAGUGUGACGACGAUGGUCAGGUAUUACCAUUCGUUUGGCGUGGAAUUCGCAAAGCGGCGCCGGACUACCUUCUGUGUAACGAGGAUAUCAUGAAGGGGGAGAUCCGCAUAAACCCAAGGGAGUCUACACUGGAGGGCUUUUUCCAGUUUAUGGCGGGUAAUGGCAACGCCAGUAGCGCUGGCAGAUGUGCUUUCCACGGUAAACGCCAUUUUGGCCCAGCAGUGGUUCCCUAUUGCUUGGAAGACGUUGUGGAAGAAUGGAACGGUUAUUCGCCCUUAGCAAGAGAGGAGAGCGUGCGUCAGAAACUGUCUCCGUCGGAUUUAGUAGCUGAUCUUCACAGAGGAGAUGGAGAAACUAGUGUCAAAGAAGGCAUACAAUCCACUCUGGAGGAGAUUAAGGCAACAGGAACUUUUAUGACAAGUGGUAAUCAUGACACCGCAAUCAUUCCCGGCCUUCACAUUUCAAAUGUGGGGAGCAUUCGGCUUCCUAUAUCAGCCGAAGACGCAAGGGAAAUGAUUCAGUCUUGCCAUAUGAGCCCCUAUGGAAAGGGAACCGAAACUUUGGUAAAUGAAUCAGUGCGGAAAAGUUGGCAACUUGACGCCAAUCAAUUUUCUCUCCAGAAUCCCAAAUGGCACACUCUGGUUCGCGUGUCCGUGGACAAGGCUGUCACUGGUCUUGGCCUUCAGGCAAAUCCCCUAGAGGGCGCAUUUUUCUUGCCACAUCAAGAUUCUGAAAAGGUCGACGGAAUGUUCGGUACGCUCGUUAUAUCCCUCCCGUCGAAACAUGAAGGAGGGGAUGUGAUUGCUUCUCAUAAGGACGAACGUCUCACGUUUGAAACGGCGCCAAACUCCGAAUUUGGUUUUUCAUGGGCUGCUUGGUAUGCUGAUGUCACGCAUGAGGUAAAGCCUGUUACAUCCGGAUAUAGGAUUGUCCUGGUUUACAACUUGAUCCAUCGCCCGUCAGCUGCGCUCCUACAAUUUCGCGGUAACAAAACAGAAAGACUUACUCAUCUGCUUAAAUCUUGGGCCCGUGCCGCUGAAGAACCCGGCCAAUAUCUAGAUGGUUGGGAUGAUGAUUUCAACAGCGCCUGCCCACCAGCGCUCGUCUAUAUACUCGAACAUCAGUAUACCCAGGCGGAGCUCAAUUUUGCUCGACUAAAAGGUGUUGAUCAGCCUCGUUUUGCAGAACUACAGAAUGCAUGUGAAAGGACUGGGUUCGAUAUCUUCCUGGCCAACAUUGAGAAAAUGAAGACGGGUGGAGUUAAUGAGGAUGGGUACUACGGUGGCUACUAUGGCCAUGGAUGUUAUCAUAGCGAUGGCCCUCACAGCAUUGUAGACCUAGUUGAAUCUACCCUUGAGUUGUCACAUGUGGUGAAUGCAAAAGGCGAUAUUGUCGGAAAAGACAUAUCCUUCCCGGAAAACAUGCUAAUUCCAGAGGAUGUUUUCGACCGCGACCCGGAUGACGAAGAUUUUGAAGGUUUUACAGGAAAUGAGGGUGCUUCAGCGACUCACUUUUAUCGAGAGACUGGUGCAUUAAUCAUGCCAAAGAGAUUUCACUUCUUGUUUGUACUUGAGAAGUUGAAACAUGGCCAGGGUAAUGCUGAGCAAUUUCUGGAAGAUAGUCGUCGUGUUGUAAGAGAACAACCAAAUGACAAAGGGGCCAGGCAAAGACUAUUACAAAUCUGCAGAAUGCUUACUUUGGAGGGACGUUUAUAUGUAGCGACAGAAUGCGCCGACUCGGUUAUGCAGAUUGCUUUUGAACUCGCUGACAUGGAAUUGUUUGGCCGGAGUAUGGUGUUACUUGGUGGUGAAUUUUCGUCCUCUCAGAUCACUCAAAUCGCCAAGACUAUUUUUCAAAUUGGCCUUCACGUUAUUCGCCCGUCCCUGAACAAAGUAUUCGCGAGGAAAGGACAUUAUAGCUACAACAAUGAAUCGUUUUUUCGACGAAUGAAUUUAUUAUCCCAAUUAGCCAAAGAAUAUCAUUUGCUUUGCGAGGAACAGAGCCAGAAGCCGUCAGCUGAGGUAAUAGAGUGGCAGGACAACACUUUUAAUAAUAUACUCUCUACUGAACUUAGAGGAUCGGAAUCAGAUGGGCAUGAUCUGGCAAAAGCACUGAGUAACUACCCUGUAAUGGGGUCGUUCUCAAGAACCGCGGCCUUCCUGGAGACCAAUUUGUCGAAUACUGCUUUCGUUCUGUCAUUUAUUACAGCAGCACAUGACUACUCACUUACGGGGAACCUCGAUAAGAGUGAGGUAGGUGCAGUGCUUGAAAGGCUACUCCCAAUAAUUGUUCAGUCUUUCAAGAUUGAGAAUACAACAAGUUUACGUCCCGCUGAAACACCGUUUGCCUUGAGCUCUUAUUGCGCUUACCCGAAGACCACUUCCCGGAUUUCUUCAAAUACAGUUAUCAAGUUAAUUCAGCUAGCCGAUGCCACCAACGCGAACGUAACGGGAGUAAUGGACACCCUUGUUGAGUAUGCGGCAAAUGUCAAGGGAAGCGAAAUAGAGAGUACUUUCCAUAAAUUCCUAUUUCCGGUGGCGAAUGGCAUUUCCAAACACAUAGGAACAACAAAGCGUCCCUUUACCACCAGUGAACAGCGUUUUAUAACGGUUUUGUUGACAUCAUAUGUGACUGACUACGUCAAAAAUGCCCCAUCACCACCACCAGACUGGAAAGUCAGGACUACUAUCCACUGUAGUUGCGCUGACUGUGACUCUCUGCGCACAUUUAUCAAUGACCUACAUGCGAAGACCAAGGAUUUUCCGAUGGCAGAAAAGCGCAGGAAGCACUUGGACCAACAAAUCGAUAAGUCUUAUUUCACCACAAGCACAAUCAAACUGCGCUCACCGUACAUACUCCGAGUUGAAAAAACGAAAGCUAGACUUGUUUCCAACUUUAUAGGGUGGAUCAAACGAGCACAAGCUGCGCAAUCUGAGCUGAAGCGGUUAUCCGAAACGGCCCCAUUGAAAGAGAUUCUUGGAGAUAAUUACAACUCUAUCGUUGAGCACAAAAAUCUGCAAAUUCCCAAUAAUGUAUCACCCUCACUAGGUGAACUUACUAACCAGAAUGUUCGAAACACGGUUCAAAGCACCGUAUCGCGGAAGCGUCCUUUCGGGUACUGA